UUUAGUGCGUGAUCGACGCUCAGACUCGCUACUUGUGGCCGCAGCUCAAGCCGUGCAGACACUGAAAAUUACAACUAUAAACACAAAAAUUAGUUUUAAUUGAAAUUCAAUGAAUUCCCAAUUGAAAACUGUGCGCGUUUAUUUCCCAUAUAGUAUAUGUGCCCAUCAUGCUGAUUAGUGAACCGAACUGAACUGAACUGAAGCCUUGCCGACAGCUAUCAGCUGUCGCUUAUCAAAUUUAUUUGUAUAUACAUAUGUAUUUGUGUGAAUAUCGUGUACACUAUAUAGACUUUAUACUGAAACAACAAUAUUCAUUAUGCAGCCGGCACUGGAAUUAAGCAUUUAUACACUGCUACGCAUGGCGUUCAUUUGGCAGCUCGUUUCCGUGGCCAUUUACCUGGUCGGCACUUUGGCCAUUGCCGCCUAUCUCUACGACAACUUCAGGUCUUUGAUCAGCAUUAUCAAGGCGCUGCUGGAGCCGUACUUUCAGCCACAGUUGCCUCAAACAUUGCUGGAUAAGUUUGGCAAAUGGGCGGUGAUAACCGGUGCUACAGACGGCAUCGGUAAGGAAUAUGCCAGGGAAUUGGCGCGCCAAGGUCUCAAUCUGGUGCUCAUCUCACGCACCAAGGAGAAGCUCAUCGCGGUAACCAACGAGAUUGAGAGCGAACACAAGGUGAAAACCAAAUGGAUUGCUGUUGAUUUUGCCAAGGGACGUGAGGCCUACGAGCAAAUCGAAAAGGAAUUGGCGGGCAUACCAGUCGGUAUACUAGUGAACAAUGUGGGCAGAAUGUAUGACUAUCCGGAGACACUGGAUCUGGUGCCGGAGGACACCAUCUGGGACAUAUUGACCAUCAACAUUGGCGCCGUCACCAUGCUGACCCGCAAGAUCGCGCCGCAAAUGAAGGCGGCACGCCGAGGCGCCAUCGUCAACAUUGGCUCCGGCUCGGAACUGCAGCCGAUGCCCAACAUGGCCGUCUAUGCGGCCAGCAAGAAGUACGUCAGCUACUUCACCCAGGCCCUGGAGCAGGAGCUGGCCGAGUACAAUGUCACCGUUCAGCUGGUCAUGCCCAUGUUUGUCAUUACCAAAAUGAAUGAGUAUUCGAAUUCGGUGAUGCGCGGCGGCUUCCUGAUACCCAAUGCCCGUAGCUUUGCACGCUCCGCCGUGUUCACGCUGGGCAAGACCAGCAUGACAACGGGCUUCUGGACGCACGGACUGCAGUACUUCUUCAUGAAGAUGGUGCCGCAGCAUCUGCGCAUGCUCAUUGGCCACAAGUUGACGCGGCGACUGCGCCUCGAGGGCUUGAGCCAAAAGAAGUUGACUUAGAUGACAUGCUGCGAGCCAAUUGCAGCAAACGCACAUAAAACGUACAUUCUAAGAGUCUUGUAAAUAUUGAGGCCUAGUUUUAACAUUAACCAAAUUAUAUAAACUGUAAA